GUGUAUUUUUUAUUUCUAAACAAUGCUAAACUAAUCAGAAUAUGUUUUCUAUUUUAAAUUCUUUAAAGUAACACCUCAUGCUUAGAUGACAGUUUUGUACAUCUUGGCUGGAUUUUCUCAGUCAGCUUUAUGAGGUAGAGUCUCCUGUUAUUUAGACUUUCAGUUAACAGCUGUGCUGAACUUAUCAAGAGUUAAUUACUUGAAUUUCUUGCUUCUUAAUAAAGUGUUUGAGAGCAUCAGUUAAAGUAAAGUAGUGAAGAGGUAGAGUUACAGGUAUACAGUGAAUAGCUCUAUUUGAGUAAUGUUCGAAUCCAGAUUACGAGAAGCAACAACUACUCAAUUAGAACUACUAAAUUGUAUUGAAACAGGACUACAGCAUAUACAGUACUGAGAACCUGUAUGGUCUCCGAUUAAAUGUGUGUUGUUUUGGUGGCCUCUUGUGGUGAACUGAAGAACUACAACGAAUCAAGGGAGUGUAGAUAAACAAACACCACAAAUGAAACCUUUGCCUCCUGAGAUCAAAUUCCAGACUCUUUUUUUUUUUAGGGAGGAUUUGUGUUUUUUUUUCUAGAACAGGCCAACCCCUCCGAAAUCUCCAAUCCAAACCAAAAGGUUUCCUCCACCCCUUGUUACACAUCCGAUUCUAUUUCGUUUUUAAUCUGUGCCGUAUCUUUUCACACGGUCCCUCACAUUCCACACUUUCUCUAUUCACUUCUAUUAAAGUGAGUUCAGCUCAGGUGAGUCGCUGCUAUGCUGUUUACAGUGAGAGCAGGACUGAUCCCAGCUCAGCUCAGACGGUUUAUCAGCAUGUCCUCCUCUCAGACAGCCCGGUCCAAACCCCCAGCGACCCUGCUGGGGUGCAUGGGGUUCGGGGAUCGGGCUGAUCCGGAGCUGAGCGGACAGAUGGUGCACGUGUUUCUGAAGAGAGGACACCAGGAGCUGGACACUGCCUUCAUCUACACUAAAGGACAGUCAGAGACGAUCAUAGGGGGCAUGCAGCUUCCUGAGACAGUUAGAAUUGCCACCAAAGCGAACCCUUGGGAAAGCAAUAACCUAAAACCGGAGAGUGUUCGCUCUCAGCUGGAGACGUCUCUAAAGAGGCUGCGCACCCAGAGCGUGCACAUCUUCUACCUGCACGCCCCGGACCACCAGACCCCCAUUCAGGACACACUGCAGGCCUGCAACGAGCUCCACAAAGAGGGAAAGUUUAAGGAGCUGGGAUUAUCAAAUUAUGCUGCCUGGCAAGUGUCUGAAAUCUACUCCAUCUGCAAACACAACAACUGGGUGCUCCCCACAGUCUACCAGGGAAUGUACAACGCCACCACAAGACAAGUGGAGACAGAGCUGCUUCCAUGUUUAAGAAACUUUGGAAUUCGUUUCUAUGCGUACAAUCCUCUCGCAGGGGGUCUUCUCACUGGGAAAUAUCAUUAUAAGGACACAGAUGAAAGCCAUCCUGAUGGACGCUUCUUUGGACAUAGCUGGGCUGUUAUCUACAGAGACAGGUACUGGAACGAGAGCCAUUUCUAUGCUAUAGAUGGUGUUCUGAAGGCUCUUCAGGCAGCAUACGGUUCACAGAAGCCAACUUUAACAUCAGCAGCCAUGCGCUGGAUGUAUCACCACUCUGAGCUUAAGGGGGAUCUUGGUGAUGGUGUGAUCAUUGGGAUGUCCAGUAUGGAGCAGCUUCAGGAGAAUUUAACAGCAGCUGAAGAAGGUCCUUUAAAGCAGGAAGUUGUGGAUGCCUUCAAAAACGGCUGGAAUCUGGUGGCCCACGAGUGUCCCAGCUACUUCCGUUAGAUUCAGGUUGAGUUUAAGGAAAAUCAGUGUUUUAUUCAGAUGGUCUAUAAAUAAUAGCAAUAAGCACUUUAAAAUAUUAUGAAAAAAAUGUUUUAAGGAACUUUUGUAAUUCUACAGACACCUGUUUGUUUAGAUUUCCCUAAUAAAUAUAAUAAUAAAAAUAAUUUGCUGUGGAUUCCAUAUUUGUUAGCCCUUAAGUGCACAUAUAACGAUAUGCUUACAACUUUGUGAACUAGAAAAUGAAAGAAAAUUCUAAUAAUAGUAAUUUAAAGUUUAAAAAUAUAGAAAUGUUCAGUUUGGGGAAGCACAAAAAAUUAAAUGUAUACAUUUUAAUUAAUUUUUCCUUCUUUUUUUUUUAAAACCCACAAAAAGUGAAUUACUAAUUUAUACUGUAUAAAUGGAACAGCUUAGGUAUUUUUGGCUUGAGUUUUUAAAAAGAAUUAGGAGGAUUUUUUUUUUUUUGGUGUGACAAUUGGUAACAAGAACAAACGUUUGUAAAAUAGUAAAAUAAUUUUACAAAAUUAUGAAGUUGCACAUUAAUUAUAUUAAACAUUUUUAAUUAUAUCACACCUUGUUGAAAAUUUGCUUCCACGUUUUGCUGGUUUGGAUGGUUUAAGUUGGGCUUUAAUAGCCAAGAUGAAAAAAAUCUGGGCAAAAACGCAUCAUAUACUGUUAGCAGGUUAACCAGUUCUUGACAAGCUUAUAAUGUUGCAUUUGUUCAUGACUGCAGAUCAGCUAUAUCGUUAAAUUCAAAUCGCGAAAUUAAAGCAUACCCUAUACUUUUUUUUUUUUUUUACCAUUACGGACCAUCAGUAAAUGUUCCAUUUAAUUUGUAAAUCAAGAGAACAGAGUCUGGAGGAAGAGUGGAGAAACACACAGUCCAAACUGCUUUAGGAAAAAAAUAUACUUUUUUCAAUUAGUUCCAAAGACAAAAAGAGAAUUACUAAUUUGUACUGUAUAAAAUAAAGAGCUUAAGUGUA